GGAAUUUUAUAUUUACGCUCCUCGCGUAUGAUUCUUUCAUGGACUAUCGAGCGGUCAUGGACGCAUUGGAGAAUGAUUCGAAUAAUUGUCAAUGGAAUGUAGAAGUUCGAGUACAAAUUUGCUUGCAAAGUUCAAUUUUAGAUGAUCCUCGAACUGUGAAAAUGUCUAAUAGCUCCAAAUACAUUUUCGUCAAUGGACUCUGUAAAUGGAUUCUAUCAGUGUUAUGAGAAGUCCAGUGCAAUAAUAUUGCAAAAUAUAUAAAAUUUCGUAAAUUAAGAUAAGAGAUGAAUAAUUGCGUGCGAUUUAUUGUAUAUAGAGACCGUAUAAUUUUUGAUGAUGUCACGGUCAAAUUACACGGUAUAUUUAGGUAUACAGAACACAGUGAAUGGUUUACACAAUUUCUAGAGGAUGAGUUUUGUAUAUGUAGAUUUACAAAGCCAGUUUGUCUGUGCAAAAAAGGACUCAAUUCCUACCUCGUCUCAGCCUAUAUUUCAAUGAUAUCAAAGUCACAUGUUUAUCGUAAAAGUGCUAUGACAGUGUUGAAACAUUUUCAGACAGCAUGUGACAAACCAUUUAAAGAAGAACAUUCGCUGAUAAUACUUAUAAGAUUGAGAAUACCAAAAAGUCAAUUCCUGGAUUACAAAUGGAGUGAAAAAUUAAUGCAAAUGGUUGUAGAAAGACAAGAAGUUGAUCAUGCCAUGUCUUGGUUGUCCACACUUGGAGGAGCGUUUUCCGCAUUGGGGGAAGAAUUUGAUCACUGCGCUAAAAUGGCAGGCAAAAUCUCAGUGAAGCAAUUUGAAUUGGCAAUGCGCCUUGACAAUCCUCUCCUUAUUGCCCGUUGCAGAUUAUAUGCUGCCUUAAGUUUCAUUCAACGUGGCAAUUUUACCACACCUAAGUACAUGAUACGGAGAAUUUACAAUUUUGCACUCAAAGAAAAGGACGUUCGUCUCCAAAAUAUGUGUCAGGGUGUAUGGGCCAAAUUGCGAUAUAGUUACAAGCAAUACAAACAGCAAAAAAAAUCUUUGUUGCAAUCUUUGCAUAUAUCUUCAGAAAUUUAGGAAAUUUACUAUCUGCAUUUUGUAAAGCAUGUUGAUAAUAUAUUAUUUUA